GAUUAACUUUUUUAACGAAGCCGAUUUGCCACACUCGGGCUUCAGGGGCUGCAGCUGGUUUAGGAUUGAAGUAUUGCUGCCAACUGCUCUCCCGCCGAGCGCCAAGCUAAGUUUCAGGCAGUCCUGCAGCCAAAAAUAAGGGAGCCAAACAUGGAGCCGGAGCGCGUCCAAGCAUUACGAGACACGAAGGCGCUGUACGACGAAGGCAUCCUCGACGAGGCUGAAUAUAAAGCAAAGAAGAAGGAACUCCUCGCGGCGCCGCCGGCCAAAGCACUCGACGACUGCGCCUUCGUCGCGCCGAAGAAGACUGAACAAAUCUUCGAGCCGAGCACGGCCUUUGAAAGACGUAAAGGCCUGGGCGCGCGGCGGGGCUGGGACGCGCGCAUCACGCGGGACCCCGAGGACGCUUGCGAAAUUGCUGAAUUAGUCAAUAAGGCCUACGCGGCGGACUUUGGAAGUGGAGGAUUUAGGGAGGGCACGACACUCAUAACGACAAAAGACGUCGAGUCGGAUUUUAACGACCCGGCCGUCUCGUGGCUGGUGGUGGAGGCGAUCUCGGAUGAAGCUUUGUUGGCGUGCGUGCGCACGCGCUUCGUGGGUGGACGGGAGAGCGGCAACCGGUUGGCGGUCUUCGACUGCCUCGCCUCCUCAAAAACGUCGGGCGACGCCGGCGCCGCUGCCUUAAACACGGCCGAGAGCGCCGCGCGCGCGCACGGGUGCUGUGCCUGCAACGUCGAGGUGCCGACGCCUCGUAUUUCGGAUAGAAAGACGCUGGAGGCGGCGGGCUAUGCCGCCGUCGGGCCGGCGCUCAAGCUGCCCGGCUCGUCCACCACGUACGCGACGCUGCAGAAGAAGUUAGGUGAAGCGCCGCCACCGCCGCCGCCACCGAAGCGGAAGCUCGGCGUCACGUCGUCCUCCGAACAGUUCGUCGCCAGGCCCCCGGCCGAAGGCGUCGAGGCGCAGCUCGAGCUGUGCUCCGCUUUGCAAGGUCUGGGGAAGCUCCUCGACGGCGGCGGCGACGACGCUUCCACAAAAAAGAAGAACCCCGACGACGCGAAGCUCGAGGGCCUGGUGGGGGACCUCAUCGGGGCGCUCAAGACCGACGCGGGCAAGCGCGACUUCGACAGACUCGCGGCGGCGCAGAAUAAUGAUGAAAGCGACCUCGCGGCGAAGAGCCCGUUUCCCGGCUUCGUCGCGCGGCCGCCGGGCGAGCGGAAGAGCUUCUCGGGGCGGGGCCCGGCGUCGGUCGAGGUCAACGAGCCGCGGGCCUUCGUCGAGUUGCUCGCGUCCGAUAGCCGGUUCACGCGGGGGAAGGAGUGAGUCGCCCGGUUUUUUUUGUUCGUCGCUCGCUCGGAGUAAAUGGAUUUCUC